AUGACAACGUUUGACUUCUCGGACGUUGAGGCGUUCCUGGACUGCCACCCGGACCUGUUCGAGGAGUACCUCCUCCGCAAGGGGAAAUGCGAGGCGGUCAGCAGGUGGUUGAAGGAGCACCGGCCGUCCAAAGCGCCGACGGCGGAGGAGAAGCGCGGCGUGCCCUGGGACCCUCUGUGGCCCAGCAACCCGGACGGACUCCGGCGCCGCUCGUCCCACGUUGAGAUGCGCCGGAAGUUCGCCCGGUCCAAAGCCACGACGGCGCACCGGACCUACGACGAGCACGUGAGCCUCAGCGAGUACGACUCCCAGUCCAGCAUGAGGCGGCGCGCGCUCCUGCGCAAAGCCAGCUCCCUUCCGCCGACCACGGCGCACAUCCUCAGCGACCUGCUGGAGUCCCGGGUCAACGUGCCGCAGUACGCGUCGAGCGCCAUCGACUACAAGUACCGGCUGAAGGAGACCAACGAGAGGGAGUUCUUCCUGGAGCUGGUGAAGGACAUCUCCAACGACCUGGACCUCACCAACCUGAGCUACAAGAUCCUGAUCAACGUGUGCAUCCUGGUGGACGCGGACAGGUGCUCGCUGUUCCUAGUCGAGGGACCGGCGCACAAGAGGACUCUGGUGUCCAAGUUUUUCGACGUGCACUCCGGCACCACGGUGCGACCCUCCUCCGGCACCGUCGACUCGAACGAGGUGCAGGUUCCGUGGGGAAAGGGCAUCAUAGGCUAUGUGGCGGAGCACGGAGAGACCGUAAAUAUCCCAAACGCGUACGAGGACCACCGCUUCAGUGACGAGAUAGACAAGCUGACAGGCUAUAAGACCCAGUCCAUCCUCUGUAUGGCUAUCUGCAACAGUGAUGGAGAGGUCAUAGGUGUCGUUCAGGCCAUUAACAAAAACCCCACGGGCACUCCCUUCACCGAGGAUGACGAGAAGGUGUUGCAGAUGUAUCUACCGUUCUGCGGAAUAUCGAUCUCCAAUGCCAAGCUGUUUUCCGAGUCUCGCAAGGAGUACGAGCGGAGCAGGGCUCUGUUGGAGGUGGUCAAUGAUCUGUUUGAGGAGCAGACCGACUUGGAGAAGAUCGUCAGGAAGAUCAUGCAGCGCGCCCUGACGCUCCUCCAGUGUGAACGCUGCUCCGUCCUGCUGCUGGAAGACAUCCACUCCCCCGUGGUGAAGUUCUCCAAGACAUUUGAGCUCAUGUCUCCCCUGUGCAGCGUGGAGCAUGACAUCAGCAUGGAGAAGCUGUCGUGUUCUGACUGGCUGAUCAAUAACAGCAUUGCUGAGCUGGUGGCCUCCACGGGGCUUCCUGUCAACAUCAGCGACGUCUACCAGGACCCACGCUUUGAUGCCGAGGUGGAUCAAGCAUCGGGGUUUCACAUCAGGUCAGUGCUUUGUGUCCCCAUCUGGAAUCGAACUCACCAGAUAAUCGGAGUGGCUCAAAUUCUGAAUCGCCUGGACAGGAAGACCUUCAACGACGCAGACCAGAGACUGUUCGAGGCAUUUGUGAUAUUUUGUGGGCUCGGCAUCAACAACACCAUGAUGUACAACCAAGUGAAGAAGACCUGGGCCAAGCAGUCGGUGGCUCUGGAUAUGCUGUCUUACCAUGCCACCUGCCCCAAGGUAGAAGUCGAUAGACUCAAGGCAGCCAAGAUCCCCCUGAGCUGCGAGUUGGGCAUCGAUGAGUUUCACUUCAACGAUUUCUCUUUGGACAAUGAUGCCAUGAUCACCGCCUCACUCCGCAUGUUUCUGGAACUUGGUGUGGUCCAAAAGUUCAAAAUCGACUAUGAGGUUUUGUGUCGCUGGCUUCUGACUGUGAGGAAGAACUACCGGACCGUGGUUUAUCACAACUGGAGACACGCUUUCAACGUGUCCCAAUGCAUGUUUGUGAUGAUUACAACGGCAGGCUUCCAGGAGGUCCUGUCAGAUGCAGAGACACUGGCGCUGAUGGUCGGAUGCCUCUGCCAUGAUCUGGACCACCGUGGUACCAACAACGCCUUCCAGGCCAAGACAGGUUCUGCUCUGGCUUUGCUCUAUGGGACAUCUGCCACCCUGGAGCAUCACCACUUCAACCAUGCGGUCAUGAUCCUGCAGAGUGAGGGUCACAAUAUCUUUGCCAACCUCUCCUCCAAAGAGUACAGCAACAUGAUGCAGCUUCUGAAGCAGGCCAUUCUCUCCACAGACCUCAGCCGGCACUUUGAGUGCAGGACCAAGUUCUUUGACUACGUGCUGUCUGGAGAAUUCAGCUGGACAGACGAAGGACACAGAGAAGUUCUCAGGUCUAUGUUGAUGACAGCUUGUGAUCUGGGUGCAGUCACUCGCCCAUGGAAGAUAUCCAAACAGGUUGCGGAGCUGGUGACGAGCGAGUUCUUCGAGCAAGGCGACAGGGAGCGAGCUGAGCUGAAGCUGACUCCAGCGGCGAUAUUUGACCGUAAUCGUAAAGAUGAAUUACCUGCGUUACAGCUGGAAUGGCUCGAUGGGAUAUGCAAACCGUUGUACCAGGCACUCGUGAAGCUAAAUAGGAAAUUGCAGCCGAUGGUUGAUGGGAUAAAUGCCAACCGGAGGAAAUGGCAGGAUCUCUGCUCGUCCAAUGAGGAGACACGCCGAGCCUCGGUGUCCAAUCAGAGCCCCGGAAUGGGACAUCCUCCUGGUCUGAGACCCGACAUGGAGGCCAGUAAGCAUCCAGAGCACACAGACAGCCGGGAGUUGAGUGAAAACACAAAUUCUGGGUCAGAUUCUGAGUGUGAUGAGGAUGUGAAGGACGGCCCGGACCCAGGCUCCGGCUAUGACGCAGAGUCAGCCGGGAGUGGGACAUCUGAGCGCCUCUCAGAGGAGCCAAAUGAGAUGAAGAUCCAAGAUGAGGUGAAGAUCCAAGAUGAGAUGAAGAUCCAAGAUGAGAUGAAGCUCCACGCCUCAGCUGGCGGGAAGCCGCACCGACACUUUGACUUGCAAGUUAACGGCGUCCCCAACGACGUGCUUUUGAAGAACUAA